AUGACAAGUAAUAAAGUAAUAAAUAAUAAUUAUCAAGAUCAAUUAAAAUUAUAUAACAAUACAUUAGUAGAUUUUGAUAAUAAUAGCAAUAACAACAAUUCAAAUAAUAGAAAUAAUAAUGAUACAAAUGUAGUUGAUGAUUUUAUAAGUUUAAAAGAUAUAAAUAAUCAUAAUAUAAAUAAUAAAACAUUAGUUACAUCUCUGGGUGCUUUUAAAGAUAUAUUUAAGUUAAUUCCAAAGAAACAACCAAACUAUUCAAAUAAUUAUAGUAGUAAUAUUAAGUUUAAUGCAUCUACAAACAAUAAUAUAGCAUCGAUAUCAUCAGCUCCAGCAGCAUCAUCAUCAUCUACAUCAUCUACGUAUUCACCAAAUAAUAACAGCACAUCACCUGGUAUCAAACCAAUAACACUUAAAUUACAACCUAAAUCAAAGACAUCUACAUCCACAACAAAUACCAAUACAAAUACGAAUUCGACAUCAAAUAUGUCAACAAACAACAAUAACAACAACAACAAUAAUAAUAAUAACGACAAUGGAUAUGAUGAUUUCUUAAGAGAUUUUGAUGGUGAUAAUACUAGUAAAGUUUCAUCAUCAAAGGUUUCAGAUAACAGUGCAACACGCUCAAGUGCAUACAACAACAACAACAACAAUGAUAGAUAUGUAGAUCUUUCAGCGACACCUAAAUCUACACCAGCACCAUCUAGAAACGUUUCUUCUACACCUUUGAUGCCUUUAAAGCUCUCAUCUACAACUACUUCAUCAUUGGCAUCUAGUAAAUCAACUACUGUAACCAAUUUCAACACUCGUAACUCUUUUACUACCUCUCCACGUACAAUGACAACAGAUGAUCUAAAUGCAUCAUUCGAUGAUAGCAACAAUAACAACAACGAUGACUAUAACGAUAAUGGUAUUGAUUUCGAGAAUGAUAUGGAUUUUAAAAGACAAUCAACAUCUUCAUCAUCAUCAUCAUAUUUAUCUUCAACAAGAGUAUCAGCAUAUAAUAAUAAUAAUAAUAAUAAUAAUAAUAACAAUGAUAAUAAUAACAACAACAGCAACAGCAAUGGAAGCGAAUCAAUUGAAAUUCAAAUACUACGUGUAAAAGCAGAGUUUUGUGAUAUAUCAAUGGAGAAGACCAAAGUCAAGGAAUCAAAGCCUGUCACUGAUUCUGAAAGAUUGGCUCGUUAUGAUAAACUGGAUGAUCUUAAAAAGAAAAAGAAAGCGAUAACAAAGAGACUUGCUGAAUUGGAGCAAACAAGAGAUAGUCAAGCUAAACAACGACAAGAUAUUACCUCAACUACUACUGCCACUUCAACAACAAACUAUAGUACCUCUUCAACUUACAAUAACAACAACAACAACAACUAUUCAUCUACUUUUAACAAUAAUAACAACAAUAAUAAUAAUAAUUAUACUUCAUCUUUAUCUUCAUCAACCUAUAAUAAUAGCAAUAAUAAUAAUAACUAUUCAUCUUCAACCUAUAACAAUAACAAUAACAAUAAUAAUAAUAAUAAUAAUAACUAUUCAGCUUCAACUAAUUAUAGUAAACCAAUGGAUAAUGAUACAAGUAUAGAUGCACACGAUGUAGAUGAUUUUGAAUUUGGUAAUACUCUGGAUGAUAAUAAUGACUAUGAAAGCAAUAAUAACAAUAAUGAUAACAGUAGUAUGUUAUUUGAUGAUGAUUAUUAUGAUACUGGUAUGACAAUAUCCGCACCUUCAACAACAACUACUACCUCCACAUCCAGUAAUAGUAACAAUAGCAACAGUAAUAAUCAUCAACAAAAUUUAAUGAAUGCUGAAGAUGCAAUCGAUCUAGAUUUUGAUUAUAAUGAUUUCGAUCUAUCGACAACUACAACAACAAUGACAUCAAACAACAACAAUAAUAAUAAUAAUGAUAGUAUUUUUAAUAGUAGUGUUCUUAAUAGUAGUACAUCAUCUAUGGUAUCUGUAGCACCACCUUCAAUCUCUGUGCAAGUCGAUGAACGACAUCUUGCCAAAUGGAAGGCAAAGUUCCCGUGGUCAGAGAAAAUCAAUUCAACCAAUCGAAAUAUCUUUGGUAAUCGAUCGUUCCGUCUCAAUCAAGAGGAGAUUAUUAAUGCAUCGAUGGCAGGACACGAUAUCUUUGUGUUGAUGCCAACCGGUGGUGGCAAGUCACUCUGCUACCAGAUUCCUGCACUGCUAGCAGACGGUCUAACCAUCAUUAUCUCACCGCUGAUAUCACUCAUCCAAGAUCAAGUCAUGCUACUACAGAAUCUUUCGUAUCCAACCGCCGCACUGACCGGUAGCAUCAGCAGCGAGGAGCAGACGCGAAUCUUCAAGGAGCUGCGCAGUGACAAUCCAACAAUAAAGCUACUCUACUUGACACCGGAGAAAGUCGUACAAUCGACUUCGAUCAUCUCGCUAUUCCACCAGUUGAACAGCAGAGGCAAGUUGAUUCGUGCGGUCAUUGAUGAAGCGCAUUGCGUCAGUCAGUGGGGACACGACUUCCGACCGGACUACAAACAACUCGCCAUCUUAAAACGUGAGUUUCCUAAACUACCGAUUCUUGCGCUGACUGCCACCGCUACGGAACGUGUCAAACAAGACGUCAUCUUUAAUCUCUCGAUGAAAGAUUCCAUCACCUUUAAACAAUCAUUCAACAGACCGAAUCUGAUCUACGCCGUUGUCAAAAAGAAAAAGUCAAUCAUUGAUGACAUCAUCGAGUUUAUCACAGCCAAUGGUUAUAAACAGAAAUCUGGUAUCAUCUAUUGUUUCUCUACUUUUGAAUGUGAAAAAGUUGCACAAGAAUUAAAUUCAAAAGGAUUAAAAGUAAAAUUCUAUCAUGCCAAGAUGACACCGGAAGAUAGACAGAGAACUCAGGAGAAUUGGACAAGAGAUAGGGUUAAAAUCAUUGUGUCAACCAUUGCUUUCGGUAUGGGUAUUAAUAAACCGGAUGUCAGAUUUGUUAUUCAUCAUUCGCUGCCAAAGUCACUGGAGGGUUACUACCAGGAGAGUGGUCGUGCCGGCAGAGACAGUCAGACUGCCCAUUGUAUUCUUUACUACAGCUACGCCGAUAAAUAUAGAAUCGACUCCCUCUUAGAAUCCUCAUCCGGUCAGGGAAGUACAUACCAAUCGAUUCGCGAGAACAAGGAUAAUCUCAACAAGAUGGUGUCGUACUGCGAGAACUCUGUGGAUUGUCGUCGUCAGUUGCAACUGCAGUACUUGGGUGAACAGUUUGACCGAACUAUAUGCGCCAAGACUUGCGACAAUUGCAAGUGUGACGAUCCUAUCAUCACAAAGGAUCUCACUGAAGACGCUCACAAUCUCUACAAGAUAUUCCAGUCGGUGGACGAACCGCUCGGUACUAUCCUUGAGAUCUUCAAAGGGUCGCAAGCCAAGAAGAUCACUGAAAAGCAUUAUCAAAACCACAAACAACACGGUUCAGGAAAGAACGUCGAUAAGAACGAUGUUGAUAGACUGGUUCACAAAAUGGUUACUCUGAAUAUUCUCAAGGAGGUGCACGUCGCCAAUGCCUAUCGAACUAUCACACAAACGAAAUCAGUCAAUAAUACUACAUUCUUUAGUAGUGGCAGACGUAUCAAGAUCGAAUGUAGAGCCAAGUCAUCGGGAUCCAGUAAGGACAAAGGACAAUCGGUCAUUUCGAAUAUCAGCGUCAACGGCAACAAGAACAAGGGUGACGAUGGUCCAGAGAAGUUGAGAUUAUAUCUCAUUGACGUACGUGCCCAGAUUGCAGAAGAUGCUGGACUACCUCCUCACAUGAUCAUUCAGAACAGUGCUUUCGACGAUCUCGUCGAGAAACGACCGACAACCCUUGCAGAGCUCAGAAACUGCUCAUACUUUACCAACACCAGAGUCGAAAAGUAUGGUGAGCAAUUUAUUCAGGCCGUCAAGGAUUUCAACAACGGUACGAUGAAGAAAAUCGCAACUGUGUUGGAUGAUGACGAUGAAUUCCAGCCAACCGGAUCACAAGACGAUGGUGCAUCACCCUAUUUCCAAAAGAAAUCAAAGAGAAAUACAAUUAAAGAACUUUUAACACAACAACACCCAACACCCACCAAUAUAAAAUAUAACCUCUUAUAA